UCAAACCAAGUCGGAACCGAGAAAGCAGAAUCGCAGGACUGUGACCGAUGGAGUGGCUCGCAAGUGCUUGAAAUUUUAACGUUCACUUGCAUAUUUGUGAGAUCUUGGAGCGUCGACUAUUUUCUUUUUUUGUUUUACAGUCAGCUUUUUUUCUACAGUAGGGUUUCGUUUGCGCGAGUGUGUCUUGGAGUCAGUCAUUUUUAUUCGUGUUACAACCAACAACAACAACAACAACAAAUUACACUAUUUCAAAAUUAGAAAUGGACGAACCAGAGGGCUUUUCGCCGGACAGAACUAUUCUCUGCCUGUUUGACGUGGAUGGCACUCUCACAGAGCCAAGAGAGAAAAUUGAUCCACAGCUGGAUGAGUUUUUCCAGACUCUGCGGAAGAAGGUGAGAAUCGGCAUUGUUGGAGGGUCAGACUAUUCAAAGAUCGCAGAGCAGCUCGGGGAAGGGGACGAUGUGAUACACAAGUUUGACUACGUAUUCGCUGAGAAUGGCACGGUGCAGUACAAAGAUGGGAAACUUCUCUCAAAACAUGCCAUUCAGAACCAGAUAGGAGAAGAGCUUCUUCAGGAUCUGAUCAACUUCUGUCUCAGCUACAUGGGACUCAUCAAACUACCCAAGAAAAGGGGGACAUUCAUUGAGUUUCGUAAUGGAAUGCUCAACAUCUCCCCCAUUGGGCGGAGCUGCACCCUGGAGGAGCGCAUUGAAUUCUCGGAGAUAGACAAGAGAGAGAAGAUCAGAGAGAAGUUUGUCGCCGCGCUGCAACAGGAGUUUGCUGGGAAGGGGCUCCGGUUCACGAGAGGCGGACUCAUCAGUUUCGACAUUUUCCCUGAGGGCUGGGACAAGAGACUCUGUCUGGAGGUCCUGGAGAGGGAGGGCCUGGAUGCCAUCUACUUCUUCGGCAACGAAACCUCAUUUGCCCGGAGCCGAAGGCCUAGGAGCUGAUGAUCUGUCCAGACCAGGUCUCGUGCUUUGUCCCUGGGUUGAGAUGCGUGAUCUUCACCUCCACCGCUUGCACCUUGAGAUUCUUCGGUGGGACUCGGCAGACUUUGUACGUG